AUGCAGGCAAGGCUAGCCAUUAAUCCAUUCCUCGAAGUGCUCACGCAAUCAAAGAACAAUCUAUUGCAUCUCAAUGCAUGUGCGCGUCGUCAUGAAUCUUCCUCUCGGCGUAAUAGGUCUCGUCUAAACGUCAAACCUGAACCAUCAUUUCUUCUCCCCAAAGGAUCUCCGCGAGAAAACCACAUCAUUUUUAAUCCGCCUUCAUCAGCUCCUUCUGUCUACGAGACUCCCAGAAAAUUUUUACCGCCCGAUGAUAUUCGAAAGAAGCUUAUCCAUUCUGCUGCUGGCCAUUCCCAUCAUUCUUCUAAAGAUAUACCGCCGCUGAUGAGACCCAAGGAAUACAACCCACUACGAGGUCAUCUCAAAGAGGCAGAUAUUGCUGAGAUACAACGUCUAAACAAUCUAGACCGGAAUUUCUGGACGAAUCGAAAAUUGGCACGAAAGUUUCAGUGCUCUUCGGAAUUUGUGAGCGUUUGUCUAAGGCAUGCAGGAGGCGACCCAAGUGUGCGCAAGGCUGAAAUGAAAGCCAAGUGGGAAUAUAUUCAGUCACAAUGGGGGCCACGAAGGAGAAAAGCUCACGAAGAGAGACAGAAGAGAUGGCAGCUCGCUCUAAGGGAUGAAUGA